GAAGCACAGUGAGAACGUUUGAAGAAGUUUGGCCCACCGGCCACGCCGUAGACCGCGGUGCAUGCUGGGCCUUGUCAAUAUGGCGUCCUCCUUGAGGUGCUGAUGAGAGUUUCACUGUUGCUCCAGACCAGAGGGCCAAACUCCCCCGUCCUAAUAAGCCCACUUCUCCGGUGUGGUCCGCGGGUCCGUGUCGCAAGUGUCUCUGGAAUCGCUCGUGGACAGGAGAGAGGGCCGAGGGCCGCGCGGAUCCGCUGAGCAGCCGGCUGCGGGCGGGCGGGCACGAUGGGCCGGUACUGGCUCAGGUUGCAACCCCUCAGGCGAGUGCGGGACCCGCAGGGCUGAGACGCUAGGCUAGCCCCGAGCCGCCCCGAACCGGACCGCAGAGGCUUCAGUGCGGCCGGCGCCGUUGGACGAGCCGCCCCACGAGCGCCCGGGCCUGCCCGCUCUGGGAUCCGCCGAGGCGUUGGAGGCCAAGAGCAGGGUCAGCACCGGGCCCGCCGUCGCUCCCGCCCGGCCCGCUGCCCUGGGAACCGACACCGCUGAGCAGCCCGUGGCCUGGGACCCGACCGAGACUGCGGCUCCGAGCUCCUGGCGGCCCGGCCUCCCUCCCCCGCCCCCUCCGGCUUCCCGCGCUGAGUUGGAGCUGAAGAUCUCCAGGUUGUGCUGAAUAAGGAUCGUCGCACAGUCUCCAACCAUCUCUUUCCCCGACUGCCCCCCCCCCCCCACUUCGGGCCCACACCAGUUUUUAAGGUCGGGUCCACACCAGUUUUUAAGGCUGGAGGUUCUCGAGCGCCUGCUGCCUAGGACUCCCCCUCCCCCUCCCCCCCUUAUGGAGUCGGAGAUGCUCCAGUCGCCCCUUCUGGGACUCGGGGAGGAAGAUGAGGCCGACCUUACGGAUUGGAACCUGCCUUUGGCUUUUAUGAAAAAAAGGCAUUGUGAGAAAAUUGAAGGCUCCAAAUCCCUAGCUCAGAGCUGGCGGAUGAAGGAUCGGAUGAAGACAGUUAGUGUGGCCUUGGUCCUGUGCCUGAACGUGGGUGUGGAUCCUCCUGAUGUGGUGAAGACCACGCCCUGUGCACGCUUGGAAUGCUGGAUUGAUCCUUUGUCUAUGGGUCCUCAGAAAGCUCUGGAAACCAUUGGUGCGAACUUACAGAAGCAGUAUGAGAACUGGCAGCCAAGGGCCCGGUACAAGCAGAGCCUCGACCCCACCGUGGAUGAAGUAAAGAAGCUCUGUACGUCUCUGCGCCGGAACGCCAAAGAAGAGCGGGUCCUCUUCCACUACAACGGCCACGGGGUGCCCAGACCCACGGUGAACGGUGAAGUCUGGGUCUUCAACAAGAACUAUACUCAGUAUAUCCCUCUGUCUAUAUACGACCUGCAGACCUGGAUGGGCAGUCCAUCCAUCUUCGUCUAUGACUGCUCCAAUGCUGGCCUCAUCGUCAAGUCCUUCAAGCAGUUUGCACUGCAGAGAGAGCAGGAGCUGGAGGUAGCUGCGAUUAACCCAAACCACCCACUUGCCCAGAUGCCCUUGCCCCCGUCGAUGAAAAACUGCAUCCAGUUGGCGGCCUGUGAAGCCAACGAGCUCCUGCCUAUGAUCCCUGACCUCCCAGCUGACCUGUUCACAUCCUGCCUCACCACCCCUAUCAAGAUUGCCCUGCGCUGGUUCUGUAUGCAGAAGUGUGUGAGUCUGGUGCCUGGAGUCACACUGGAUUUGAUAGAAAAGAUUCCUGGCCGGCUGAAUGACAGGAGGACUCCUCUGGGUGAGCUGAACUGGAUCUUCACAGCCAUCACAGACACCAUUGCCUGGAAUGUGCUCCCUCGGGAUCUCUUCCAAAAGCUCUUCCGACAGGACCUGCUGGUGGCAAGUCUGUUUCGGAAUUUUUUAUUGGCAGAAAGGAUCAUGAGGUCCUAUAACUGCACCCCAGUAAGCAGCCCACGACUCCCACCGACAUAUAUGCAUGCCAUGUGGCAGGCCUGGGACCUUGCUGUGGACAUUUGCCUCUCUCAGCUGCCGACCAUCAUUGAGGAGGGCACUGCCUUCAGGCACAGCCCAUUCUUCGCCGAGCAGCUGACGGCAUUCCAGGUGUGGCUCACGAUGGGUGUGGAGAACAGGAGCCCCCCGGAGCAGCUGCCCAUCGUCUUACAGGUGCUGCUAAGCCAGGUGCACCGGCUGAGGGCCUUGGACUUGCUGGGACGCUUUUUGGACUUGGGUCCCUGGGCAGUGAGCCUGGCCCUGUCAGUGGGCAUCUUCCCCUACGUGCUGAAGCUGCUCCAGAGCUCGGCUCGAGAGUUGCGGCCCCUCCUUGUCUUCAUCUGGGCCAAGAUCCUCGCUGUAGACAGUUCAUGCCAGGCUGACCUCGUGAAGGACAACGGUCACAAGUACUUCCUUUCCGUCUUGGCAGACCCGUACAUGCCAGCUGAACAUCGGACCAUGACAGCUUUCAUUCUUGCUGUAAUUGUCAACAGCUACACAACAGGGCAGGAAGCCUGCUUGCAGGGGAACCUGAUUGCCAUCUGCCUGGAGCAACUCAGUGACCCACACCCCUUGCUGCGCCAGUGGGUCGCCAUUUGCCUGGGAAGGAUCUGGCAGAACUUUGACUCCGCAAGGUGGUGUGGGGUGAGGGACAGCGCCCACGAGAAGCUCUACAGCCUCCUCUCAGACCCCAUCCCUGAGGUCCGAUGUGCUGCUGUCUUUGCCCUUGGCACCUUUGUGGGAAACUCUGCAGAGAGGACAGACCACUCCACCACCAUCGACCACAAUGUGGCCAUGAUGCUGGCCCAGCUGAUCAGUGAUGGGAGUCCCAUGGUCCGGAAGGAGCUGGUGGUGGCCCUGAGCCACCUCGUAGUUCAGUAUGAGAGCAAUUUCUGCACUGUGGCCCUGCAGUUCAUGGAAGAAGAAAAGAAUUACCCUUUGCCUUCUCCAGCGGCCACAGAGGGGGGGAAUUUGACCCCAGUGCGAGACAGCCCAUGCACCCCCAGACUCCGUUCAGUGAGCUCCUAUGGGAACAUCCGAGCUGUCACCACAGCUAGGAACCUGAACAAAUCUUUGCAGAAUCUGAGCUUGACGGAAGAAUCGGGCAGCUCAGUGGCCUUCUCCCCCGGGAAUCUCAGCACCAGCAGCAGCGCCAGCAGCACCCUGGGCAGCCCCGAGAACGAGGAGUACAUCCUAUCCUUCGAGACCAUCGACAAGAUGCGGCGGGUGAGCUCCUACUCAGCCCUCAACUCUCUCAUAGGUGUUUCUUUUAAUAGUGUUUACACUCAAAUUUGGAGAGUCUUAUUGCAUCUGGCUGCUGAUCCCUAUCCAGAUGUUUCUGAUUUGGCCAUGAAAGUCCUCAACAGCAUCGCCUACAAGGCCACAGUGAAUGCCCGGCCCCAGCGCAUCCUGGACACCUCCUCCCUCACCCAGUCAGCCCCGGCCAGCCCAACCAACAAGGGUGUGCACAUCCACCAGGUGGGAGGCUCCCCACCAGCAUCCAGCACCAGCAGCUGCAGCCUGACCAAUGAUGUGGCCAAACAGACCGUCAGCCGAGACCUACCCUCUAGCCGCCCGGGCACGGCAGGCCCCACGGGGACACAGUACACCCCUCACUCCCACCAGUUCCCCAGAACUCGAAAGAUGUUUGACAAAGGCCCUGAUCAGACUGCAGAUGAUGCAGACGACGCUGCUGGACAUAAAAGCUUCAUCUGUGCUGCGAUGCAGACUGGGUUCUGCGACUGGAGUGCCCGCUACUUCGCCCAGCCAGUCAUGAAGAUCCCUGAAGAGCAUGAUCUGGAGAGUCAGAUCCGCAAGGAGCGGGAGUGGCGGUUCCUACGGAACACACGUGUCAGGAAGCAGGCACAGCAGGUUAUCCAGAAGGGCAUUACCAGACUGGACGAUCAGAUAUUUCUGAAUAGGAACCCUGGCGUCCCCUCUGUGGUCAAAUUCCACCCCUUUACACCAUGUAUCGCGGUGGCCGACAAGGACAGCAUCUGUUUUUGGGACUGGGAGAAAGGAGAGAAGCUGGACUAUUUCCACAACGGCAACCCUCGGUAUACCAGGGUCACUGCCAUGGAGUAUCUGAAUGGCCAGGACUGUUCCCUGCUGCUGACGGCCACAGAUGAUGGUGCCAUCAGGGUCUGGAAGAAUUUUGCUGAUUUGGAGAAGAACCCAGAGAUGGUGACUGCAUGGCAGGGGCUCUCAGACAUGCUGCCAACAACCCGAGGAGCUGGAAUGGUGGUGGACUGGGAGCAAGAAACUGGCCUCCUCAUGAGCUCAGGAGACGUGCGGAUCAUCCGGAUCUGGGACACAGACCGUGAGACGAAGGUGCAGGACAUCCCCACGGGCGCUGACAGCUGUGUGACGAGUCUGUCCUGUGAUUCCCACCGCUCACUCAUUGUGGCUGGCCUGGGCGACGGCUCCAUUCGUGUCUAUGACCGGAGGAUGGCGCUUAGUGAAUGCCGCGUCAUGACCUACCGGGAACACACAGCCUGGGUGGUAAAGGCCUACCUGCAGAAGCACCCCGAGGGCCAUAUCGUGAGUGUGAGUGUCAAUGGGGAUGUGCGUUUCUUCGAUCCCCGGAUGCCCGAGUCUGUGAAUGUAAUGCAGAUUGUGAAGGGACUGACGGCCCUGGACAUCCACCCUCAGGCAAACCUGAUUGCCUGUGGCUCCAUGAACCAGUUCACCGCCAUCUACAAUGGAAACGGCGAGCUGAUCAACAACAUCAAGUACUACGACGGCUUCAUGGGCCAGCGCGUUGGGGCCAUCAGCUGCUUGGCUUUCCACCCACACUGGCCUCACCUGGCCGUGGGAAGCAAUGACUACUACAUCUCCGUGUACUCGGUGGAGAAGCGCGUCAGAUAGCAGCUCCCAGGGCUCCUGCCAGGCUGCGGCCACCCUCUGGUGUACAUAGUGAACGGAACCGCCACUGCUCCGGGUGCAGCGCACGCCCACCCACUCACCCUCAAACCUUGGCUCCUGAUUUGGCUGUGGCCGACAAAGGAGGAGGCUUGUGCUUUCUUUCUUUCUGUCUUCACUGUAAUGUCUACACAGGGGAGGGCUUUGAUUGGAUGCUGCUUCCCAUCGAGAAACCAGCACCCAGGCAGCAGUGCACCUUGGUCCCCUCCUGUCCUGUUUUCUUCUGAGAUUCUACAAGGGACAUUUUUUUCCCCAUGUGAUCAGAACAUUAGCUACAGAGUAGACAGAGCCCUGUAGAAAAGGUACACUGGGCUCCUGUGCACCCUCACCCAGCCCCUCUCCCGGCAGUAUGGGUGGGAGCCCUGAGUAGACUGGACAGCGAGGGCAAGCACGGGAGAAAAGGCAGGGCCUCCUUGCUGCCCAAGGUGUGGAAGCCUGAGCAUGGCCCUCCUGGAGCCCUGGGACAGCCCUGCCCAGCCACCUCCUUGUCACCAGGAGUGUUGUGGCAGUAAUGAGAGAGGCUCCACCUCCUGCCCAGCCAGACUUCUGAGGUCCACUUUGGGCCCUUCACAUGAGCUGAUUGCAGGAGAGGGCUCUAUGACUGGACAGGUCUGUAGAGUUGGCUCCUGCCCUGACUCAACCCACCAGGCUUGUCCUGAAGUGCGUCUUUCCCAUAGGAUAGUCACAGUGACCCCAGCCCACAUCUCCCUGCCUGUGCCACACAGGCACACAUGCACGCAGGCACGUGGCCUCCCCAGCCAUGCUACGCAUACAUGGGUGUACAUGCAUGCAGGCACACACUGUCCCUCGUGCACAUGUAUACUCACAUGUACAGGCACUAUGGUCUGCCGCAGGUGCACUCACAUGCAGGUGCCACAGUCUCCCAGCCUGUGCCUCACUCUCACAUACACAGGCGCAGAGGCUCCCCUGGACCCAGAGACCUGUGGGUAGCAGCAGCCCCAUUGCUGGUGUGACUAAGUACACCAGUCUGUAACAUGGAGGGGCUUCUCAGUGGUGUUCUAGUGUGCCUGGCAUGUGUACAUGUGCACAUGCAAGUGAGGAGGCUGUGUGGACAUUUUAGUCCUGGGAAGGAGGGCAGCAUUGCUGAUCAGUUGCACAAACAGAGCACAAUGCAGUAAUGUUUCCAAAAGCAUUUUCCCUUUUCCCUGGGAAUCAGGAUCUUCCAGAGGAAGAUGAGGUGGCUUAAUGAGCACUGCCAACAGGACAGCAGCACUGGGGUUGAAGAGUCAAGGCAGUCUGGGGCCCUGUGCCAUGCUCAAGCGACCUGUGCCGUGGUCAAGCAACCUGUUUUGGACAAAAGAGUCUUCCAAGUAGACAGAUUUCUGCAGGCAGCACUGGGCUGACCACAGAGCCAGACGGGGCUAGACAAGCUGGACAGAGGAAAGAGACCCUUGAGUCACCCCGGGAAAUAUAUUCUCCCACCAGGAAGGGGGCUCAGGAGGAAGUCCCAUUGCCUCGGCUGGGCCAGUCAGCAGCCUAGAGUCAGGAAGGCCCUAGAACAUUCUGACUCCCCCAGGAGACCAGCUGCUCAGUUCUACAGAGUAGUGGAUGACACACUGGAACCUUCCAGAAGCUGAGCUAUAGAGUGGUUCAGCUCAGUUCCUGCCUGUUUCUGUUUGGCAACACACAGAGCCUCCUGAGAGGUGGGACUGUCUCCCUGCCCUGGCGGAGCCACCGUGCCUGCAUCUUGCACACGGGCUGGACCUUCACAAGUCUGUUGCGAAAAUUCAAUCAUGAAGCUAACCAAGGCUCAAGCGAGCACUGACCUAGAAUUCAUUAUCUCUUAUUUAUUUUACCAAAAUGAGAGUUGAAAAGGACUGACAGAACAUGGACUGCGAUGUGACACUACAAGCAGUGACAAACAGCAAAGUGUUAAUAAAGAGUAAACCAAGAGAA